AUGCCGCGCGAAAUAAUAACAUUACAAUGUGGACAAUGCGGGAAUCAAAUUGGGGUAGAGUUUUGGAAGCAACUAUGUAAUGAGCAUAAUAUUGAUCAGGAAGGUAUAUUAAAAAAUAAUAACUUUUUAAAUGAGGAUCGGAAAGAUAUAUUUUUCUAUCAAGCAGAUGAUGAACAUUUUAUUCCCCGAGCAUUAUUAUUUGAUUUAGAACCCCGUGUUAUUAAUAGUAUACAAACAAGUGAAUAUAGAAAUUUAUAUAAUCCUGAAAAUAUGUUUAUAUCUAAAGAAGGAGGAGGUGCAGGUAAUAAUUGGGGAAGUGGAUAUAGUCAAGGACAUAAAGUCGAAGAAGAAAUUAUUGAUAUGAUUGAUAGAGAAGUAGAUAAUAGUGAUAAUUUAGAGGGUUUUAUAUUAUCACAUUCUAUAGCAGGUGGUACAGGUAGUGGAAUGGGUAGCUAUUUAUUAGAACUAUUGAAUGAUAAUUAUUCAAAAAAAAUGAUACAAACAUUUUCUGUUUUUCCAUUAUUAACUAAUGAAAGUAGUGAUGUUGUUGUACAACCAUAUAAUAGUAUCUUGACCCUUAAAAGAUUAAUUUUAAGUACAGAUAGUGUAGUAGUAAUAGAUAAUACAUCACUGAAUCGUAUAUUUGUUGAAAAAUUAAAAUUAAAUAAUCCUACAUUUCAACAAACAAAUAAUUUAAUUUCAAAUGUUAUGUCUGCGUCUACUACAACACUUAGAUAUCCAGGGAGUAUGAAUAAUGAUAUGAUUAGUUUAAUUUCAUCACUCAUUAUUAAUCCUAAAUGUCAUUUCUUAGUUACAUCUUAUACACCAAUAACAGUAGAUAAACAUAUUUCUAAUGUUCAAAAAACAACUGUAUUAGAUGUUAUGAAGAGGUUAUUACAUACAAAAAAUAUUAUGGUUUCUGUUCCUGUACGUAGAGGCAUGUAUAUUUCAAUUUUAAAUAUAAUAAGAGGUGAAACUGAUCCUACACAAGUACAUAAAGGCUUACAAAGAAUAAGAGAUCGAAAGUUAGUAAACUUUAUAAAAUGGAAUCCUGCAUCUAUUCAAGUUACAUUAGCAAAACAAUCACCUCAUAUUGUUUCACCACAUAAAGUUUCUGGACUUAUGAUGGCAAAUCAUACAUCUAUUUCGACACUUUUUGAACGUUGUGUUACUCAAUUUGAUAGAUUAUUUAAAAGAAGAGCCUUUUUAGAAAAUUAUAAAAAAGAACCCAUGUUUUCUAGUGCAGAUGGUCAAGGAAACUUUGAAGAAAUGGAGUCUUCAAAAGAGAUUACACAAAAUCUUAUUGAUGAAUAUAAAAGUGCAGAACGAGAUGAUUAUUUUAGUCAUACAUAUAUGUAG